CUUUCCUUUGACCUCGGUUUUCUCCUUGCUGCUACUUUCAUAUAAUUCUCAGUUUCCUGCAACAUGUCAUCGACGACGGUAACGCCUAUGCCUCUGAGUACUGCCAACUGGCACUGGAAGAACAAGAACGUGACAUCUUGGGGAAAGAGCUGGUUUGAGCGCGAGCUGACCACAAUCGAGAUCAAGGAGGGUGAUGAGGUGGUCUCAAUCUCAGAGAUGACGGACAUGGAUGGUGAUGUUGAGCUGGGACAGCGGAAGUCGAAGCUGAUCACGAUCUAUGACUGCUCUGUCGACUUGAAGUGGAAGGGGACCGCAUCUGAUGGAACGGAGGUGACUGGAAGGCUCAAGAUUCCUGAAGUAUCGCACGAAAUCACUCUCGAUGGCUUGUCGGACUAUGUGUACAACUGGUCUUUGUCGACUGAUUCCACUCCGGCUGUAGACAAAUUAUUUGCAUUUGCUAAGGCGCGUCUUCCAGCAGCUCUUGAGACGAAGUUCGCCGAGUUCCCUACUGCUCUUAUCCAAACGCACGGAAAGGACCUGCAGAUUGGAUCGCAGGAACCUUCGCGCACGAGCACACCUGCACCUACUCCCGCUCCAGGGGCUGCCUCGUCGUCUUCCAGCGGCGCAUCUGCGCCAAAGGUAGUCAAACAGGAAAAGAAGCCAGUGAACACGUCCAAGGUUGAGGUGGAGGGUUCUUUCAUGGCAUCUGCAGAUGAUCUCUUCCAGAUGCUAACAGACGAGAGUAAAAUUCCUUUUUGGACGCGCGCCCCAGCUCAGUCAAAGCCCGAGCCUGGACAAGCAUUUUCUCUUUUCAAUGGUGGUGUAAAGGGCGAGUUCGUUUCUGUCGACCCUCCAAAGCAAUUCGUUCAAAAAUGGGCGUUAUCAAGCCCGACGUGGCCUUCUGAACAUUUCGCCACUCUGGCCGCCACGUUCGAUCAGUCCGGAGAUUCUACAAAAUUAAUCCUAUCCUUAGACGGUGUCCCAACCGGGACGGAAGACGACAUCAGACGGAAUCUUGAGGGAUACUAUAUUCACGGUUUAAAGUCGAUUGGGUUGGGCUCUGUUCUUUAGACGACAUCAUUCGCACGGCCUCGUACAGUGACUCAGUUAUUGGGUAGCUAAAGAGCGCGUGGUACUGGGCC